AUGCGUGCUUUUAAUGCCUUGGCCCGGGGACGGCUCGACUUCUCGAAGCUACGUUCAAUCUCCCUUGGUGGUGGCGAGGACUUCAACAUGUUUCAGAAUCUUCGAGACCUUCGAUCGGUUGUCCUUGACUCUAUUUGGCUGGAUCACAUCCAACCGGUGAUUCCAUGGGCCCAACUUACCCACCUCACAGCAAAGGGUUUUACAUUCCGAGGAUUCCUCGAUAUAAUGAAUAUGACUAGUACUGUCAAUCUACGGCAAAUAUCCUUCGACUUGGAACCUCGUGAAUCCGACUUGUAUCCGUGGCGUCGCUCUCCGGAUACGGACGAGGAGUUCAUGGACGCUCCCGAAGAGCGCAUCACUCGAGAAAACUUAACAGAACUCGCUGUUUAUGAAGGACGUGUAAAAUAUUCACACGCGCUGCAGCAUCUGAGAGCACCAUUAUUGAAAACGCUCACUGUUGGAGUUUCGAGUGGCUGGGGAGGACUAGAGCCUGAACCCGACGAUGAACCGCAAGAUUUGGAGCAUUUCGUCCCCGAUCCUGACGUACUCGAGCCAUAUAUGCUGAACGACUUUUUCCGUUCUUCAGGCACAACACACCUCCAAAAGCUUGUCCUUCUCAGUGCCUGGCGCCAUUCUUCCUGGCCAGAUCACCGUGACGAUGAUCCUUUCUAUGACUUGCGAAUCACGGAAUUAAUCGUCGGGGGCGGCGUGGUCCGUAAAUUCGCGGAGCCAUUCCUCUUGUUGUUGCCUCAGCCCAGGUUUUUGCCUUGCUUGCGUCGGCUUGAAAUCCGUUGUCACGAGAGGGACAAUGAUGAGUGGCAAAACCCAUAUUACGUGAAUAAUGAAGAUGAUGAGAACAGGGACGAGGUCGAUGAUGAUACUGUCCUUCCUUAUGAAGAUCAUGACGAGCAAGAUUCAGAGGACGAAUUAGAAGAUGACGCAACGGGCGGCUGGCCUCAGGGUGAAUGGAAUUUUCCUUCAGUGUUGUGGUCAGCGGGCCAUGCUAUUUUGAGACGCAAUGCUGCUAGCGGGCGGUAUCGCGACCUCACUAGAAUCCAAAUCUUCAAGCUACUAUCCGAUGGGAAGAAUCCCAAGAUGUAUCAGGUUGACGAGGAACGACUGCAACACAUCAAGCGGUUACAAGCAUCCGGAGUGGUAGUAGUAGCUGGGUCGGAAGAUAACAAACACACUGUUAUAUAA